AUGUUCAACUACCUGGCAGUCGAGGUGAGGCCCCAGCUCCCCCGCAGCUAUGGGAGCCAGCAAGGGGUGUCUGGGCCACUCAAGAGCCGCCUGGAGCAGCUGAAGAAGCCGUGGUGGAGGGAGCCCACCCCGCUGGUGCUCCAGCACAGCGAGACAGCCAGGCUGGCCAUCGACGCCUUCCUCGAGCAGGGCGAGCGCGGCUACCUGAGCGCCAUCGCCGAGGAGAGGGAGCUGCCAUUUCUGUCCGCCUUGGACAUGGAAUACAUCAGCCAUCAGAGGAACCAAAGCUUCCCAGACCCCAGUGCAAUGAAAGACAAAGAAGCUGACCCCGGUGAUGCGGACACUGGAGACAGGGUCUCCCUCAACUCUGAACUGACAUCGGGCACCUACUUCCCCCUCAUGUCAGACGUGCUCCCUCCGGAGCUGGAGCUGGGCUGGCCAGGGACGCCUCUCCUCACGCUGUCUGGCCAGACUCAGGCCACUGUGAUUUUCCAAAGAAACAAAACAAACAGCAUUAAGGAUCUGGUCCGGUCUCUGAUCAGCCGGGCGCGGACGGUGAUAGCAAUUGUGAUGGAUCUGUUCACAGACAUGGAAAUUCUGUGUGACCUGCUGGAGGCCUCAAGCAGACGGCACAUCCCCGUUUACCUGAUCCUGGAUGAAGAGUACUUGAAGCAUUUUGUGGAAAUGUGCAAUAAAAUGGCUCUAACUCAGGACAGCUUCCCAAACAUGCGCAUAAGGUGCCUGAGCGGAGACACGUACUACAGCAAAGCAGGCAAGAAAUUUGCAGGCCAGGUUCUGGAGAAGUUUGUCCUGGUUGAUUGUGACCAAGUUCUUGCUGGUACAUACAGUUUCACCUGGCUUUGCAGCCAAGUCCACACUGGCCUGGUGACCCAUUUCCGCGGGCAAAUUGUUGCAGAGUUUGAGAAGGAAUUCCGGUUCUUGUACGCAGAGUCCAGAGCAGUGACCAGCUUCUGUGUGCCAGAUCCCGGGACAUGUCUCUCUUCUUGGAAUACCUCAAAAGUUGACAACUGUCUUCUAAAACCCACUCAGGGAAAUGAUACUGAGACCCUGAGCCCCUCCAGCAGCCUUUCCAAUGUGAGCAUCAGAAGCAUAAAAGUGUCUCCCUUCAUGAAAAACUCCAGCUGCAGUGCACACCAGGAAAAGCAAGAUUCCACCUCUGAUUCUGGCAAUAAGAAGGGGAAGGAGGACACAUUCCUGAAGCCCACUUGCCCUAAACAGCAAGAAGAACCACCAGACUCAGCAAACAGUCCUCCAAGUAAACCCAUCCCAGUCUUGUAUUCCAAAUCAAACCUCAUAAUAGCAAGGACAUUCCUGCAGCCGGAGCCUUACUCCAAUAAACCUGGUGACCAGGGGGACACUAAGGCCAGCAGCAGCCACUGCUCCCCGCCGAGAGCAGGGCAGCCACUGCAGUCCCUGUCAGAGGGCACCAGCAGCAACGGGAGCAGCCUGAAGCAGAGAGCACCUGUGGCCACCUCUGGGGAGCUGCCAGCUGAAAAUGAGAACAUGGUUUACGGGGUAGAAAAGAGACAGAGCCCGGGACAUGGCCAUUUUGACCUUUUCUCCCCAUACAACCACCUCAAACGGGAUAAAAAGUCCGUAGUGCCUUGCUAUGACAAGUUCCCCGAGGAUGUGCUGCUGGAAAAGAACAGCGCGUACGGGGCGGAGAAGAGAAUGACUCUGGGGCACAGCAAGCUGGACCUGAUCACCAAGUACAACAAACUAAAAUCCAAACACAUACACAGCCGGUUCGAACUCUGACCCGGGCCUCCAGCUGGCCUCUGCUCUGAUUUUCCAGGGGCUGCUUUUCCCCGCCAAUCAUCAUGCCUGGGGCUUGGAAUCAAAACAUUAGUCUUGUUCCUGUUAAAAGGUGCCCAAUCUAUGUAGAUGACUUAUUCAGAUGAGAUUAGCAACUGCAGCUCAAAUUUUCAAUUACAUGACUGUGGCAGGAGGGAGAAAAGCACAUAAAUAUAAUCCACAUUAUUUUUACCCAUUUGGGAAA